AUGAACCUGUGGGUCGCAGUGACUGUCGCCGUUGCUGGAUAUUUGGCCGAGCACUGCCGGAACGCACUGAAGAACGGCUGGGGAGGCUCGUCAAAUUGGGUCGACCCGUACUCUGCUUAUGAGGAGACCCCUCCUGUGAAGUCCUGCGCUGAGAAGGCCGACGGGAAGAGAUCAGAAUCUGGGAGUCCUCAUUUCAGGAGAUUGAUCCGGAACCCUGUGGAUGGAGGUGUUCCCCAUGACACAGACGGCAGGAGAACCGAGGCAUUGUGGACUGGUUCUCUGCUUGCGGAGAGAACUACUAACCACGGUCCUGAUGAAGAUAAGCCGAUGGGCUCUGAGGAGUAUGUCAGAAGCGACGUCUCCCUGUUAAGUCUGCACCCGUGGAUCUUCAAAAAGGAAAGCUACAAAGAGGACGGGGAAGAGAUAAUGGAGACUGAGGCCAUGGACCAGUACCCGUAUCUAUCACGGUCGCAUAUUUCUUCUAGGGAUCUUAGUUUUUGUUAUGGAUCCAGGAUGGACAAGAACUCUCCAAGGAGUAGGAGAAUCCGAAAGUACUCGUUGAGGCCUUUGAAUUCUUCUGAGAGUUCCCUGAUCCCUCAGUUGUACAAGGACAAGAUUAACUUCGAAGAGCAUGUCUUUCCCCCUUUUCCGUCUCUUUGUUUGCAUACAAGAAAAUCUUUGGCAGCCGACUGCAAUCAAAGAAUCAGCAGAUCAGACUAUGAAUCUUUCCAAGGGCAUUCCGUCUGUGGACCUAGUCAACGGGCUGACUCCAGACUGAAGGAACUAGCGAUUGGAAUCCCCCGUCUGCAUGCUCCAAGAAAGCCAAGGCAGAACCGUGGAAUGGGGAAACAUGGGGUAUUAGAUGCUUCCGGUUCACAGCAGCAUCCCAAGAUCAUCUUGCUGCCAGGUAUAGGAGCCCCUGAUUCAUCAAAUAUUAUCUUUCCUUGAAUGGCGGAUUUCAGGAAAGAUCGUGCAGAAUACUGAAUGUUUUGAAAAGGCCUGUAGCAUGUAAACAACAAAUAAUCGACAUGGCUGCUGAUUUUUCUAUGUUAUUACUAUGUUAUAAUGGGUGUGCUCAGGAGUCCUUUCCUUGCCCCCUUUCUUCUGUAUUUUAGGACAUGUCUGGGGUGCAAUUGCCCUUUCCAAGCUGCUGCUGGCAGCGGCUCCAAUAUGUGGGGUGUUCCAUAAAGAGCUUUAUCCACCCAUCAUGGACUACUGUUGCCAUAUCUGUGUUCUGCAACAUUCAAUUGGUUCUACUCGGUGGGGGCUACUGGCUGAAGCCGGGUUGCUUUUGUUGAUUUAUUAAUUAAAGUUAUGAAAGUGUAGGAAUGAGAUGAAGGUUCUUCAGGAGAGAUGGAGAGAAACCCAAAGUUUGAUUCUUUCAUGAAAUUAUAUUAGAAUCCUUGCUGAGAUUGUUGGAAACCUUAUUCCUACUAGUUUCAGUUCUACUUUUUCUUCCUUAUUGUUUCCCAUUUUUUAUUGCUCAUAUUUUUUGGCUUUCCAUUUUAAUCCCUUUACCUACUAAUCAGAUUUAACAUUCUACCAUUUGUUGCAAGAAAAAUCUUUUGCUCACUUAUCAACAUAUUCUUUAUCUCUACCAUUGAUUCUGUCGUUGCCUCAUACUUUUACUGAACAAAUUUUCUUCCCCGGCCAGUGUUGUUCUCCAGGGUUCUCUUCUUCUUUCUGGGGCUCAGCAUCAGCACGACUGCCACUGUUCUAUCAUACAAAAGAGAGGUGGAUAGAUUGAAUGCCUCGUUGAAGCAGAGUGAGGACUUGGUCCAAGACCUUCAAGAAGAGCUGGAAAUUAGGAAUUCCCUCAUUGUUAGGGAGCUUGUUGACGAAACCUGUGAAGAGCGGGGGCAUCAGAAUAAUUUUCCUGAUAGUGAGGACCGAGUUCAUCUGUCAGGCACACAUUCUUCAAAAUUUUGUUAUCAUGGGCAUCAAAAAGAGGGAUCAGACCCGUCAACCGUUUCCAAAGUGGAUGAGGCCAAAAAAUCUAUGAGCGUAAUUGAAGCAGAACUGGAAGCUGAGCUGGAAAGGCUGGAACUGGACAUGCGUGGCUCUGGGCUUGACGGGGACCCAUCUGAUCUAGCUGAUGUAAGCCGACAUCUUUGGUUCUAGACGCAUCAAUAUUUAAAGUAUUUAAUUAUCAAUCAUGAAUGUGGACAGAUCUUCAUGAGGAGCUCGUGUUCUUUUCUGUCGCAUUGACUUUUAAAAUUUGUUUUUUAAGUCUUUAUUAAACGUUUUCUUUAAAUUUCCAUCUCCUGUCUUACUCUUUUGAAUCUCUGCAGCUUGACCCAUGCUUAGUAGGAAAUCUCAUCGAAGGAGAGCUGAGGGAAGGCAUCCUGCGCAGGGAACCACUAGCCCAUGAUGAUUCCCUUGGCAGGACGAGCGGAUGCUCCACAGCUCACCACACGCCAAAUUACUCUGUCUCACCAAGGGAGCUCAGCUUGCGCCUCCACGGGAUCAUCCAAUCCCAGUUGGAAGAACGGAUCAAAGAGCUCGAAAUGGCACUCUACCAUAGUGAGGGGCCGACCCAUUUAAGAGAGGAAGCUAAGCAGGCGAUUGGCUGCCAUCUACGCCCAGACUCAGCCAACAGUUCCCCUGUGGACUCUUUUACUGAAGCCUACGAAGAGUCUAUAGAGAUGGGUAAGACAGGGGAAGCCAGUCUGCAGCCUACAGCCCACUGGAGCGGGCAGACUGACGAAGAUGCACAUUACCCAUCACACCAAGCUCUUAAUAAAUCGUCCACUUUUGAAAGCAAUUCCUUGUGGAAGCAGAGAUCAGACCCGUUCCCCACUGAGCAUUGCGGUUCUGAUGAAGUUAAUGAUGGUGAUAUCAGCGAUGAUGAUGAAGGAAUUCCCUCGAUCUUUCAAAUAGUUGAGAAAACUCGCCGAGGUUCUGCCAUUGUUGCCGAUGUCCAAUGGCUGCCAUCUUUUUGGACAGAAGACUGA